CGCCCAGCCCCGCGGUGGCUGCCGCGCGCGGCGCGCGGGGGGCGGGGGGGGGGGGGGGCGGCGGGGCGCAAAAUUUCUACCCUAUACACUUCAACACUUCUUUUAGAUCGUGUUUCACAAAAAGAAAAGGAAGAAAGAAAGAAUGGCACAUCGAUGCGUACAUGGGAAUUUAGUCAACCAAAUCAACCCACUUAA